UCUACCGAAUCGCGCGCGGUUUUGCGUUCGGACCUCAGCGAGCGGUGGGAACGGCGGAGAUGGAGCAGGACGUGGUGGUGAGGUUGGCCGGGAAACUCGGAAUCGAGUCAAAGAAGGUCAUCUGGAAAGCAGAGGAAUAUAUGCGGUUGUCUGAAGUGAAGUGCACGGGGUUUUCUGCGCAUGUGACAGCAACAAGCAGUGCCGUGAUGUGUCUUGAUCUUGCAGCAACUUCACUUAAACAUCCAUUUGACAAAGAUUUUGUCGUAAGACUAUCUGGAUUGAACAAAAAAGUUUACCAGACCCACCUGAAAGCUUUGGAAAGUAUCCUUGGUGUACACACUCCACUAGGAAUCCGAGAUCUAGCGGUUCAGUUUGGCUGUAUAGAAGCAGUUAAUGCGUCAAGCAAGAUACUGCAGAGAUACGAAACCAGUCUAUCAGAAGCACAGCAAGGUGAUCUUGAUUUCACAAAGCCUCUCUUCACCACUGCAGCUCUGUAUACUGCAUGCAAAUGUUUGAAAAUAAAGGUUGAUAAGACAAAGUUUAUUACUUCAUCUGGGGUGAAGAAGACCAUCUUUGAUCGCCUCUGCUCUCAGAUGGAAACUUUUGGAAAAGUUGUUUGCUAUGAACUUGAUGAAAAAUCUAAAGGGACUAAAAGGCAAAGGACAUUCAUGGAAUUAUUAGAAAAGGUGGAAGACGAAGAGAUUCCAACAGAACCCAAACGAGAAAAGGCUGAACCCAACAAGACAAAGCAUCAGGAUUAUGAAGACUGGAAAAGACGAAUUCUAGAAAAUGCAGCCAAAGCCAAGAUGAUAAAUUCUUAGUUUCUUACAUUGUGUUAACUGCCAGUGAAGCAACCUAAUGUGGUAUAAUUUAUUGGGGGAUGAGGGAGAGACCUAUUAUUUUAUAACUGCUGACUUCAUUUUAGAAACCAAGUUUUCAAAUUAUGACAUGCCUUGAUUUGUACAAUCCAGUCUAUCAAUAUGAUGACUCACUUUAACUACAGGGGGAUGCAUAAAUGCACUUGGCAAACUUUGUGAUUAAUUGUGAUCUUACUACUAAAAUAACCAGUGUAUGGAAGGCUUCAGAUCCCCUUUUGUAAAAUACAAUACAAUUUUAAUGCAUUUUGUGUACAUUUUAAGAGCUUGUCUGUUUUUGAAUUGUUAUUUGUUCUUUAUUGAUAUUUGAAGUAGAAUUUGUUUUAACUUUAACAUUUUCAAAAAACAAAAAUUGGGUUAUCCUUCCAGUGUUUGGGAUACGUUUGUAAAACAAAACAUGCUGAAAUUCUGGAGUGCAGCAUGCUCACUGGACGGUCUGUCACACGAUUCAAGCAGCUUCAGAAACUCAGCAGAUCUGGCGGUUUACAAAGGGAAAUGGAUAGUCAGCUGUCAUCCACACUGGUUUUUGCUCAGUUACUCCCAAUUUUUUGUGAUGCUGCAGAUUCCGGCAACCUGUAGAGUCUUGGUUUUGGAAUGGGGUGCGGAGGCUGAUCGGGGUUGUGGUGCAUGUCUCCAUGCAUUCACCUGACCCAUAGUACUCUGAGUGUGACUGCAAUGCUUUCACAACAAGGUGGGUGUGACUGCACAGCAGACUAACAUGAGCAUUGUUAGACCGAACUGGAGCAGUGUGGAGGAGUUGAUUUCUAUGGUUUUGCAAAAGGUUGUGCAGAGUUAGGAGGUCAUGACUUCACUUCUGGAGAUGCUGCGAACUUUUACAAGUGUUCUGCAACAAACUUUUCUCACAUCAGCUGAGAUGGGUGACAGCUCGUUCUUUUCCUGACAUAAUUCUUGUCUCUGCCAUGUGGGAGAAGCUAUAAAACACCCAGGAAUAGCAAUGUGCUGCCGAGUCGUACUUUGUUGUUCCCGCUGAGCGGAGGAGAAGCUUGUGAGCACAUCAUGGUCUGUGAGUGACGAGGUGUCAUUAAUGGGCAGAUUGGGAUUCUAUGUAAAUAGGGAAGUGCUAUACUUGAUUAGAUUGCUUUUAUGCAUAAGGAGAGAUAUGGGCUCAUGAAUUUGAAUCUCCAGAAACAGACGUGUAUCUCCCAUUAUAUAGUUUAUCCUCAUAGUUACUUUGGUUUCAUCCUAGCAUGGACAGCACAAUGAUGUAGUGAUUAGCACACUGCUUUACGGUGCCUAUGACCAGGGUCAAUUCCUGCCACUGUCUGUAAGGAAUUUGUAUGUUCUUCCUGUGACGGUGUGGGUUUCCUUGGCUCCCACAGUCCAAAGGCGUACCGGUGUGUAGGUUAACUGGUCCCUGUAAAUUGUCCCAUGAUUAGGCUCGGGUUAUAUAGGGGGUUGCUGGGCUUGCGGCUCAAAGGACUGGAAGGGCGAAUCCCAAAUAAAAUGGGCAUCCUCCGUUCACGGUGUUUAAUCAUCUUUUCUCUUUUCCAGUUCUAAUGGAGUUUUCAGCCCUUGAAAUAUUAAUUCUUUCUCUUCCAUCAGAUAUGGGCUGACCUGCUGAUCGUUUUCUGUUUUUAUGUGGGAUUUGUUUAAAUGAGUGCUUGUUGCUAAGUUGCAUCAAGUAACUGAUCAGCCAAUCAACAGAACAUGAAGUGAAAAAGCACUUUUUUAAACUAGCAUUCUAUCAAAUACAAAGAAAAUAUUGGAAGAUACCAAUGAAAUUAAGGUCAAGGCUGAAGUAAUAAAGAAAUUCAUUUAAUAUCUAUGUAGUUUAAAAGAGCAGUAUUUUUAAGUAAUGAUGUGUGGUUAGAUUUUUUUUUAGAGCCAGAGAGGUUGGUGCAUAGUAAUUAUGCCCAAUGCACCAUUAAGGUCUUAUUCACACUUUAUGUAAUAAAAGUGGGGUGUUUUAGGGACUUAAUUUGCUAUGAAGUAGUUCAGAAAUACCUGAAGCUCUUGUCAGUUUACUAAUUUCCCAAGAUCAGACUUGAUAAAGUUGCAAGAUAGUUCUCUCUGUGAAGGAUCAGGUAAUCACUGACAGCAGCUUCUAGAAUUCUACAUGUAACAGAGCUUGGGGAUAUUCCCAGAGUUGUAAUUUUUGGGAUAUAAUGGCUGUCCUGUUUGUUCCCUUUCGAUAAAAUGUGUUUUUAAGAGACAAAU